GAAGGAGCAGAGGGAUCUGAGCAGAACCAAGAGCCCAGCGCCCCUGAGCCCAGGAGGGACGGACUGGUCAGGGCGGACCGCAGAGGUGUGGUGAGGAGGGGCCGGGGUGUCCCAAAGCACAGGGGGAGAGAGAGGGGGAAGAGGCAGAGGCAGAGGGAGGAGAGACAGGAGCCAGAGAAAGAAAAAAGGGGAGGGGAGAGAGGGAAGGAGAGAGAAAAACAGACAGACAGGAACAAGAGGAGAGAAAGGGGAGAGGAGGAGAGAAGAGGAAAGAGCAGAGGGGAGAGGAGAGGGGGGAGAGGAGAGGGGAGAGACGGAGGGAGAGGACGCAGUGGCGGUGGGCACCAUGGGGAGGGCAGCGCUGAGCCUCUGAGUGGGUCCCCGGCCCAGCGCGGCCACCCCCUCCCCUGACCCCCACCCCCGUCCACCCCUCGCGUCCAGGCCAGGCCCCCGGGGGGUGGGGGAUGGCCGACUCGUGCCGCAACCUCACCUAUGUGCGGGACUCGGUGGGCCCGGCCACCAGCACGCUGAUGUUCGUGGCGGGCGUGGUGGGCAACGGACUGGCGCUGGGCAUCCUGGGCGCGCGGCGGCGCUCGCGGCCGUCGGCCUUCGCCGUGCUGGUCACCGGGCUGGCGGCCACCGACCUGCUGGGCACGUGCUUCCUGAGCCCGGCCGUGUUCACCGCGUACGCGCGCAACAGCUCGCUGCUGGGGCUGGCGCACGGCGGGCCCGCGCUGUGCCAGGCCUUCGCCUUCGCCAUGACCUUCUUCGGGCUGGCGUCCACGCUGCUGCUGUUCGCCAUGGCCGUGGAGCGCUGCGUGGCCCUGAGCCACCCCUACGCCUACGCGCAGCGGGACGCGCCGCGCUGUGCCCGCCGCGCGCUGCCCGCCAUCUACGCCUUCUGCGCGCUCUUCUGCGCGCUGCCCCUGCUGGGCCUGGGCCAGCACCAGCAGUACUGUCCGGGCAGCUGGUGCUUCAUUCGCCUGCGCUCCGCGCGGCCCGGCGGCUGCGCCUUCUCGCUGGCCUACGCCAGCUUGGUGGCCCUGCUGGUGGUCGCCAUCGUCCUCUGCAACGCCUCGGUCACCCUCAGCCUCUGCCGCAUGCACCGCCAGCAGCGGCGCCACCAGGCCUCGGCGCUGCCGGGGCCCCGCGCCCGCGAGGAUGAGGUGGACCAUCUGAUCCUGCUGGCCCUCAUGACGGGCGUCAUGGCCGUGUGUUCGCUGCCUCUCACGAUCCGCGGCUUCACCCAGGCCAUCGCCCCCGACAGCAGCGAGAUGGGGGACCUGCUGGCCUUCCGCUUCAACGCCUUCAACCCCAUCCUGGACCCCUGGGUCUUCAUCCUCUUCCGCAAGGCUGUGUUCCAGCGGCUCCAGGGCUGGUUCUGCCGCCUGCUGCCCAGACCUGCCCGGCCCGCCUCAGGGAGGACGGACCUGGGACCCCCCGCUGCUCCUGGGGGCAAGGAAGGGCACGGAGUGCCUCUGUCAGCCUGGGACGAGGGCCAGGGACCCCCCUUGCCUCCUGCAGCGGUGUCCAGCAUCGGCACUGUGGGGUCUCCGUCUAAAGGGGGGUCUGCUGCCGUCUGCUCCCUCUGCUGACCGUGCCCCUUUGCCUGGUGGGAGGAGAAUCUCCCCAACUCAUGGCUGAGGGCUUCGGCGGGGGGAUGAAACCCUAACCUUCGCCUGAUAGACCAUGGCCCCCUGGAUUGAGUGGGAAUCAGCUGCUACUUCUCCUCCCACGGGAGGGGUCCUGGGGGGGCAGGGGGGGACCUGGUACAAAGAGCAGUGCUCUCAAAAUAACCAAGGGUCCUGCUUGCUCAUCCAUCUCGCUGUCUAAAUAUUUAGCGGCGGGACAGUCUCCAGCUGCUUCUGUGCGUCGAUCCGCUGCUGUAAUGGUCUGACUUCGUCCUCAGCCGUCAGGGUAACUGGCAGCCCACCCCAAGCCCCCAGGGGAUGGCCUGGCCUUUCCCAAGCCAUUUUCUCUCUCCCUCUGCCCCGUGGGGGGUCUGAUAUCUCCCCUGGCCUCUGACUUCUGGCAGUGGACUGGAACCCCCAGCUCCCCCAGCCCUAAGGGAAGCGGGAAGAAGGAGGUUUAUUUCACUACGCGUGACGGGGCGGGGCCCAGUGGUCACCCAGCAUGGACAUGGAGGAAUAUAUGUAUGAGGAGGAGAUGGAGAUGUCAGAGAGCGAGGAGGUGGUAGGGGGUAUGGAUCCAUGAAUUGCUCCCCCAAAUACAAACCAGACUCCUGGGAUUUUUUUUGGGGGGGUCACACCUGGUGAUGGUCAGGGCUGACUCCUGGCUCUGUGCUUAGGAAUCAGUCCUGGUGGGGCUUGGGGGACCCUAUGGGGUGCUGGGAAUUGAACCCAGGUCAGCCGCAUGCAAGAUGAAUGCCCUCCCCUUUGUGCCUCUGUGCUUUCGCUCUGGUCCCUGGAUCUUUUCUUGAAUAACUUGCAUCCCCUCCCAGAGCCUGACCUCAUCUCAUAUGUCCUUGGACCUUUCUUCCACCCCCAUGCCAAGAGUGGGUACUGACUCUGCCAGAUCUGGGGACCACCGCCAGAAGCCUGUCCCCACCCUGUCCCCCACAGGGUGAUAUCCAGUUCCCCAGCCUGGCUCCUCUUUCCUAGCAGAAAGUUCCCCCAAACCAAGGACCCUUCCAGAAAUUAACUGACUGACAUAGAAAUAAAUGUGGUUGGGGGCUGGAGAAUGAAUAGAAAGCACCCCCUCCUGCCCGCCCCUGUUCUGUUUUAUUUCAUUUGUGGCUGCCAAGUGAGGGGGAAAAAAUCACACCUUGGAAAGGGUAGGAAGCAGCCUAGAGAAAUAGCAGCUGACUACCUUGAGGUGCCCUCUCCACCAGGAAGUCCACCGCGUCUCACAGCAAGAAGGUGGAGGUUGUGGGUGUGGAGCCGUCUCUCCUCUCUGCAGCCCAGCUGGCUUUUGGGCUGACUCUUGGUUUCCAGGGGGCCUGAAUUUCCUCCCUUGGGAUUGAGAUCCCAAUCUGGUAUCAGCUACUCCCCAGCACGGCCACCACACAAAAUCCUUCCCCUGCAGAGCGGCCCACAGACCGCGACGGAGGCGCUGUGUGGCCAGCAUGCGUGCUCGCAGUGCAGAAGUGGUUUGCAAAGCUGCUCUCCACUCUGCUGCUGUUUUGUUUUUGUUUUUUCCCCCCUUUCUCCCCAGUCACAUAAGGGCAUUUAAGAAGAACAAGUGUUUCUGGGAGAGUUAAACACGGGUGAGGGGCAACUGUGUCCUGGAGAAAGGCAUCCCUUGUGGGGGCAAUAAGGAUGUUUUGGAAUUCGGGAGAGGUGCCCAUUGUACGGCAUCUUUGAGAGGUUACUGAACUUGAACGCGUGAAAGCGCUCCAUUCUCUGUUAUGGGUACUUGAUCACAAUAAAAAAAAAACUUGUCAAACAAAC